GCCGGAAGCUGGGAAUAGAGAAGCUCCCGAGCAUCGGAGAUAUCCAGAGAGUGGAGUAAUGAAGAUCCGGCGGCCGCAAAAUUGUGCGCUAGCGUACUAACUCUUCGCCAGCGAGAAGAAGCUCUAUGAGCAAGUGUUUGAAGGUUUCGGCAUUGCUACAGCCUAUAGAUAAUGCUUGCUUUAUGUAGACUAUCAAAUGUCCAGGACGAGAAAUCUCUUUGAAGAAGAUGACCCAACCCCUUGCUACGACCUCAUCAAUAACCUCUUCUCCCAGGACAAAGCCGUCGUCGACCCCGCCCUCUCCUUCUUCAAAGACGCCGUGAACCAGUUUCCAGGCUCUGUGUGUCGCUUGUUCGCUAAAGUCCUAGACACGAGCCCUCUCCCCCUAACCAGAAUCCGCUGCUCCACCCUUCUCUCCGGUUUUCUCGCCACCACCUGGCCCAUCAUCCCCCCGGUUCCUCAAGCCGAAAUCAAGGCCGUCUUUCUCAAGCUCCUCCACAACGAAACUAACCGCCCCGCCCUCGAGAUUCACUGCGCCUGCGUUUCAAGACUCGGAGCUAUUCUUCUCCCCAAGAAUGAAUGGCCCGAAUUGCUGUCUUUUUUAUUAGAAUCUUUAUCUUCUUCUUCCGCGCCAAGAAAAUUGGCCGCCGUUAUCUUGCUCCGGGAACUGAUCCCCAAAUGCCCCGAGAUUUUCGCCCCCUAUGUUGAUAUUUUCUGCGCGGCGUUUCUGCGGUUAAUGAAUCAGAUCAACGAUGAAAGAGUGAGAGCCGCAACCCACGGGGCGGCCGUGAAUAUGAUUUUGCACUUGCCUACAUCCUCCAAUUAUUACGACCUUUUGCCGGAAAUGAUCAGCGUUUUGAUGGACACCGUUUAUAGCGACUACCUCACAUCCGACAUUCUUGAAGAAAUAAUUGUGUUAGCCACACGAAAACCUGGGUUCUUUGUAGCUGAAGUUAAGUGCUGGGUGCAAUCCAUGGUUGAGAUCAUCAGUGAAGAGCGUUUGAAGCCCAAGACCAGGCAACUAGCCAUACAGUUCUUGGUGGUAAUGGCGGAGGAUAAAAAAGAGGGUUGUGGGAUGAUUCAGAAUCUGCCCGGUGACUUAAUUGAAGAGAUUCUCACACAGCUCCUCAUUUUGCUGGUGGGUGUUGAUGAUGGCGACGACUGGGAAUUGGCAGAUGAUGAUGACACAGAAGUAGGGAAAAAAAGUUUAGCCUGUUAUGCAGAGGACGCUUGGAGAAGGCUGGCAAUUGCACUGAGGGGAGAAGUAAUUGUGGGCAAUCCUCCUGAUUUGCUGGCAAAAUACAUUAAAGAUGAUAACUGGAAAAGGAGAUAUGCUGCAGUUACUGCCGUUGGCCUAAUUACAUCUGGUUGCUCAAAGAUGUUAAUACAAUACCUGGAAGUUUCGAUGGAAAAGAUACUGGAACUAGUUACUGAUCUUCACCCUCGCGUGCGCUGGGCAGCUAUCCAUACCAUUGGCGAAUUCUCAAUCUACUUAUGUCCCCAUUUGCAAGAACAAUAUCAUCAUCAGAUCAUUCCUGCCUUAUUACAAGCCAUUGAUGAUCUCGCCCACCCCAGACUGCAGACACACGGAGCAACAGCAUUGAUGCUUUUCACCCGGAAUUGUUGUUCAGAUAUCUUAAAACCUUACAUGAAAGAAAUAGUAAACAAACUGCUUAUACUCUUGCAGCAAAGAGAGAUAAUGUUGGAAGGCGCAGCUUUGGGAGCCUUAGGCUCAUUAGCUGAAUCAACCAUGGAUGAGUUUCGACCAUUCUAUGGCAUUGUAAUGCCCUACCUAAAAUGUACGGUAGUAACUGCAAAAGCGGCUUCUAAUUACUUGCUUGUAGCCAACUCCCUGAAGUGCAUUGCUGUGAUUGCGGUGGCAGUGGGGAAAAGUAUGUUCUAUGCUGAUGUUGAAGAUGUUGUUAAAGAUCUCAUCUUGUUACAAGAAUCUAAUUACUCUGGAAAAGAUGGAACAGUGAGGGGUUAUUUGCUACAGGCGUGGGGUGGAGUCUGCCGAUGUUUAGGGGUGGACUUUCUUCCUUACCUGAGUGAUUCCGUGCCUCAGCUGAUUCAGUCUGCUAAACGGACAGAUUACCUGACAGAUGAUGUUGAUAGUGAUGAUAAGCGAAGAAGUAUUAUCUUGAAGGAGAAGUUCUUGGCUUGUAAUACAAUAGGCUGCUUUGCUGCUCAUAUCAACGAAGGACUGCACAUGUGGAUUAAGGAGGUUGUAGAUGCUGUUCUUCCACUCGUCAAUUUUAAACUCGAUGAACGAGUUAGAAUAGCUGCAGCAACAGGUAACCUUUCUUUCGGUGUCUCCUUAUCGUGGAUUGUGAGCUUUACAUUAAUCAUUCUACAUUCUGUAGCUAUGCCAUUACUGUUGCAAUCAGUUGCUGUUGCUGUGGAAUGCCAGCUUCCUAUUCCAGAUGUUUCUGAUUCUCCGAUUAUUACCAUAUCUGAAACCAUAAUGUCAGCUUUGAUUGAAGCCUUACAGGAACCAACCAUAAAGUUUCGGGUGAUAAUAUUGGAGGCAUUGAAUCAAUGCAUUCAGAUUCCUCACACUUGUAUACAUAAAGAUAUGGCAACACUAUUUGUCAAAGGCAUAUCGAAACUGCUCUUUGCAUGCAUAAACAGGAAAGUAGUAAGAGAAUUGAGACUCAGCAGUAGCCAAAACUUGAGGACGGCAGAACUGCUGGACGAGGAAGUUCAGGAUGAGGAUAAUAUUUACAUACAAGUUCACAUUUGCUUGGGAACUCUGGCGGAAAGGCUCAAGGCCUCAUUCUUGCCUUUCUUGGAUGAACUAUUGCCCUUUGUAAAUCAUCUUUGGAAAAAUAAAAAAGCAAGGAAAGAAGGAAGAAUUGGGUUGAGUGUUUUUCAUGACAUUGCUGAGAACUGCAGAGAAGAAACUUUCAGACACUAUGACAUGUGCAUUCCAUUCCUGCUCAAAACCUGUAAGGGCCGCAAGGCUACAAAUCCAGCCCAGGAAGAGAUUGCUGCGUGUGCAAUUGGCAUUUGUGCGGAGUUUGGUGGAGAAGUGUUUAAGCCGCAUCUCCAAGAUGCACUCCUUAGUCUAGAAGAUAUAAUUUUUCAGCCUGGUAAAUUGCCCCUAAAAACCAUCAUGGCCAAAGAAGCUGCUGUUUCUGCUUAUGGGAAACUAUGUUUCUUGCUUACCGAAGACGCUAGCAUAUACAAGCAUGUAGGGCAUUGGCUAAUGCAAUUGCCAUUAAGAUGUAAUUUGGAGGAAGCCAAAGCUGCCCACAGUCUGCUUUGUUCCAAGAUUGACCAGCCAGAGACUAAGGUUACUGGUCCUAAUGAUGCUUACAUUCCCAGAAUCAUUGUAGUUUUGACUGAGGUUCUGUGGGAUGGGAAACAUUUAGCAACACCAGAAAUCCUGGACAAGAUGAUUCUACAGCUGAAGAUGUUGGGUAGGAAAAUAACAGAGGCUAACUUUGUGGACAUAAAUGGAACAUUACCUCCAUAUAUGCAGAGCAUGUUGCAUGGCAUCUUGUCAUCAUGAUAUAUACAUAGGAUUCUUGUAUAGUUGUAUGGAUGUAUAGCAGAGAAAACACUUGCCUAGUAUACCAUGUACAUGAUAAACAGUUACAUCAAAUCACUAAAUUUUGCUCUUC